AUGAGUGGUGGCCCAGUUCCCUACGGACAAAAGUACACUGCCGCAUCCAGAGGCAUCUGGAACAAGAUUCGCGGUUGGCUUGCGAUGGUUCCCAACCGGUCUAGCGGUAACGCACUGGUUGGCUACUUCCGUAACCCCGCUCCUUACAACUUGCCUUCUUCAGCAGACGACCACACAGUCGGACAGAAGCCAGCCGCUGAUAUCGCAGAGAAUCCCUACUGGAAGCGGGACUAUCGCCGUAACUACCCCAAGACCUCGGUCUUCAACCAGAGUGCCAUCGCCGGUUUGCUCUCGUAUGGCUCUGUCGCCCAGCCCCGGAUUGCCAAGGGCGCUGAGGGUGCCAAGCAGCUCGCCACUGUUGCAAACAACGAAGUCUCGCUCAACACCGUGCUUGCCAACAAGGAGGUGCUCAAAGAAGUUUUCGAGUCAUCCGGUAUGCCUCCUCUUCCUCCGGCUAUGAAGAAAAAGACCUACCACAUCGUUACUGAUGUUGAGCAGCACGGCCAGUAUCCUUCUGACUAUCCCGUUCGCAUUUUUAACUAA